GCGUGAGACUGAUAUUCUGCUUUCUUCUCACUACGGCACGUUUUCUGGCAUCUGCUGAAAGCAUUUACUUGAAGAGCUGAAGUUGAUCACCUCAAAGGGAUUAAAAGACCAAGACAAACACCAAAAAUAAGAAAAGAAGAAAUUACUUUGCUCGAUUUCCUUGCUCAGCAUCUUUUGUUCUUUGGUACUAAGAUUAAUGUUUCUUUUUCUUUCUUUUUUAAAAAGAAUUUGUUCUUUUUCAAGUGAGAGCUUUACUGGAUGUACUUGAGUGAAUGCUAAGCAGGUAUCCAGCAAGAGAAAAAUCGAUGCAGUCCAAGAAGAAACUUGGUAAAGAAGACUGGAAAUCCACUGUGGAGCUAACAAUUUGGUGGCAUCAUAUGGGAACUCAGAAUCGGUGAGAAGGCAGAACAUCUGUCCACCACUCCACACAUUCCAGCCACAAUGUCGGUGACUCUUAGCAAUGUCUCGUUAAAUGGGACGAGCCACUCAAUUCAAAAUCAUGGAACUAUGGAUGGACCCAGAGGACAAAAAUCUUUGAAUGUUUUUCUUUUCUGUCUGACUUGUAUCAUUACAUUCACAGCCCUCCUGGGUAGCAUCUAUUCAUUGGUGUCUCUGCUGAGAAUGCAGAACAAAAGUACCAUUUCCAUGAUUGUGACUUCAUUGACUGUGGAUGAUCUGAUCAGUGUGGUGCCGAUGACCAUCUUCAUAUUCAAGCAGUGGUUGAAUGAGACGCUUCCCCAAACCUUGUGCACGACUUCAGCGCUGCUGUACUUAUUUCAGGGCUUUUCGAGCAAUCUGAUGGGGUCUCUGGUAGUUUCCUAUAACUUCUACACUCUCAGCAAAAUGGGGAGCAGCCAAAGAGUGACAAAUAGGCCAGUGAGCAUGAUCUGGGCCAUUCUCAUGAUCUGGAUUGUCAGUCUGCUGAUCUGUAUUUUGCCUCUGUGUGGCUGGGGCACCUAUGUCUCCACCUCCUGGGGAUGCCUUACCGACUACACCAGUACUUACAUCUUGUUCCUCUUUGUCAUCUACUCACUUUGUUUCUGUCUCCUUGUUGUGCUCUCCAUCCCUCUAAUAUAUCAGCUGUUGUGCUCAGAUGAGCAGCAACAUCUUUACGAUGAUUAUCAUCAAAUUGCCCGAGGCUACUUCUCUCCUGGGUCGCCUCCAACUGGUAGCCACACACCGUCCCUCUUUCCAGAAGACACUGUGAAUAAAGCCUUGAAGCAUUUCCAAGAGGCUUGUCAGAACUCUGAUCCAAUGGUCAGGCAAAGCUCAGUGGACAGCUGUGGACCGGACCGCUAUGGCUCGCCAAAUGUACCAUGCAACAGUCGAAGCUUCACUGUGGAAUUUGCUCAGAAGCGUUUCUCCCUCAUUUUGGCUCUGACCAAAGUCAUUCUUUGGCUCCCAAUGAUGAUACAAAUGGUUGUCCAACAUACUGUCGGGAUUGAAAACCAUUCCUUUGAGAUCUUCAGUUUUCUGCUAACUUUGCUAGCUGCCACUGUCACCCCAAUGUUUGUUCUGUCAGAACACUGGAGCCAUCUGCCUUGCGGCUGUAUCAUCAACUGUAGAAGGAACAUCUACACUUCAGAAGAAGGCAAGGCCAAAAGAAGAGGCUUUGAAUUCAAUCUGUCAUUUCAACAAGGUUAUGGAAUCUAUAAGAUAUCCCAUGACAACCACCAUAGUGAUGAUGGCAACUCGAUAUCUUACCACAGUUUGCUCAAUUACGAUUGUGAGAAUAUAAAAGAAACUCAAAAGGAUAGCAGCAAAAUCGAGUUCAGCACCAUUUCCUUGGAGGACAGCUCCAUGUGUCAAGAUACUGCCAAGUGCAGAAAAACUGUUGCAACAGACAUGAAACAAGAUCUUGGCAAGGAUAAGAUAAUGGACUGCCUGCUUUCUGACAAAAUAGGAACAUAUAAAAGCGAAGAGGGCAGAAAUCUUGAGAAGAGCACUUUUUUUGAAGGACAAGAAAGAAGGCUUUCUCACGAGGAGGGCCGAAAACCAGAACUCUCAGACUGGGAAUGGUGCAGGAGUAAAUCUGAAAGGACUCCUCGACAGCGCUCAGGAGGUGCCUUAGCAAUUCCUUUGUGUGCAUUUCAAGGGACCGUAUCUCUUCACGCGCCGACAGGAAAAACCCUCUCUUUAUCCACAUAUGAGGUAAGCACAGAAGGGCAGAAAAUAACACCCACAUCAAAGAAAAUUGAGGUGUACCGUUCCAAGAGCGUGGGUCAUGAGCCAAACCCUGAGGAUUCUCCGACAACAUUUGCCGAUACAAAUGUGAAGAUUCAUUUAGAGGUACUUGAAAUAUGUGACAAUGAAGAAGCCAUGGAUACAGUAUCAAUUAUCAGUAAUAUCAGCCAAUCAUCAACCCAAGUCCGAUCUCCAUCCUUGCGUUAUUCACGGAAAGAAAACAGAUUUGUCUCAUGUGAUUUAGGGGAAACAGCUUCCUAUUCACUCUUCAUACCAUCAAACAAUCCUGACAGCGAUAUUAACAUAUCAAUCCCUGAUACUGUGGAAGCUCACCGGCAGAACAGUAAAAAACAACAUAUGGAAAAAGAAGGUUAUCAAGAAGAGAUACAAAUGUUAAACAAAGCAUACAGAAAAAGAGAAGAAGACGGAGGCAGUAGUUAAACAAAAAAACAGUUUAAUCCAGAAGUCUGAUCUGAAUCAUUUUGAUUGCCUUCUGAGUGAAGAUGGCUCACUCUUUUAUUUUGCUUGGACAUUAAAUCAAUAUUAUGAAUACUCAUGCACCAGUAGAAAACAUCACUCCAUUUAUGAAUUUAUGAUCCCAGAUACGAUGUGACAAAUGUGGCGAUCCUCUACAUCAGUGGUCUUCAAUGUUUUUCAAGAGGGGAGCACUUUGGCAAAAACAACAACAACAACAACAACAACAACCCUUGAAUGGGAGAGCCAUUUCCCAUUGUGCUGAUCUCCUCACAGUACUGCCCUUUUCUCAGUGCUGGGAGAGGGCCCUUUCAGAGAGCUGGAACCCUCUCUUAAGGGCUUUAGGAGGAACACACUGGGAAAGGCUACUCUUCCCAGUGCUCUGUGCAUGCUUUCCAAGAUGAUACAGGGGAGCAAGAGGGCCCUGUUUCCCUUAAAGGAGCUCCUGGCAUUGGGCAAAAGCCAGUACUGCACAGUGGGAAUGGUUGCAUAGUGUGAGGGCAGCUGUACAGAGUAUUCAGCUUUGUCUGAAGUUUCACACAGGCCCUGUAAACUAUUUGUCAGCACUUAGGGCUGAGGAGGGGCUCCAGGGGAGCCUUUAGGCCUUUCAGUGAAGAGCACUGCUCUACACAGUUAAGCUUCUUAAAUCCAACUGAAAUCAAUGAGAUCGAAACAGUCUAACUGUGUGCAGGGCUGCAGCCAAAGGUUUUUAAGCAGCUCCAAUGGGGAUAGGGAGGGGAGAAUAUGUUUUUUCUAAAUCAGGGAUUCUCAAAGUUGGGUCCCCAGAUGUUAUUGCACUUCAACUCCCAUAAUCUCCAACCAAAGGCCAGUGGGGCUGGGGAUUAUGGGAGCUGAAGUCCAAUAACAUCUGGAGACCCAAUGUUGAGAAUCCCUGUUCUAAAUGAAUACCUUUUGUUUUGCUUUUCAUCAUUAGGCUAUCUAUCUUUGGAAACGUGGAUCAGCAGGUAGUAUUUUCCCAUCCGAGUAAAAGAUUUCUGCUGUUCUAAGGGUCACGUGAAUAUGUCCCUUUAUUUCUGUGGAGUGUUCUACUUUUCUGCCCUAUACUCAGAUAUGCACAGAAACUCCAGGGAGUGUCUCUGAUAUCCUUGUUUUAGAAACUGUGGGCACAAAUUGAAUGUACACUGGGAUGCAUGUUGAAAUGCAGGUGCUCUCUGUGACUUGUGAUGGGAUGGGAUCCAUAACCAAAUACAGAAGUUGUCCUUUGCUUUCAGUGGGGUGAGAGUUCAGAUGGAUGUUCAGAUCUAGAUCCCCAGAGUUUAUGGGUUAAUCUGUGGCAAGAGCUUGCACAUCAUGUUACCAGGGCUUUUUUUCUCUUUACACAAAGUAAAUCAGAUAGAAUAGGAAUGGAGGGGUUGGCAUCACUGUCCAUGUGAUGGGUCCUGUAUCCGCUGCCACCACUUGUUUUCAAUCAUCUUCUCUGAUCAUAUCUGCUGCCCUUGACAGCAGGGAAGUGCUUUAGGCAUGGGCUGUUACUCCAAUACAGAAAGCUGAAUAUUUUAGAAAUAAAGAUUUAUUGUUUCUCAAAGGAAAAGAAAUAAAACAAAAGAUUGUCCUUUCUGAGAAAUACACAGUUCAAAGUACAACCAGUUACAGUUUACUGUUCUUUAGUCUGAGUCCCUUUCUGCUAGUUUCCUUCUUGGCAGUUAACUUCCAACAUCCUUGGUUCUGAGAUCCAUGGAACUCUCCCUGUCAAUCCCAGUACCAUGAGUACCUCACUCAUUCCCCAGACCAAGCACCUUAUAAAAACAUAAACAAUUCUUAACCUGUCAAUUCUUCACAGUCCACACAAGCAGAAUCAUAUAUGCUUUAGAAAUCAAAUCUGCUGGUGUAUUGCAGCAUCCCUAAUUAUUUUAGAGCUGAUCUGAAAAUUUGUGUAGAAGUCAUUUUGGUGGAAUUUGAGGGUUCAAAAGGGGAGAAAUGAAAUAGUGGGGAAAUUCAGGAGUGAGUGAGAGGUCUUGUGAGGUUUUGAGGGAUGCGUCUUACAGCUCGGUGGUAGCAACAGAAGAUUCCUCCCUCCCUCUCUUCCUUCCCCAUCUUUCUAGUGGGGCCUGGCCUGUUCAGUAGUAAAGCUGGAGGGGCACUUCAGAUUAUUUAAACAGUGGUUUGAAGUAUGCAAUUAAGGGCCAAUUUGGAUAUUCUGGCUCCAUAUGAUUAUGUGGAGCCAAGGACAUGCUGAGGUAUUGGGGAAAGAGCAGUGUGCUUUUGCUUCUCCACACAUGAUGGGUCACCACUCACAGUUUGUCGGAACCAGUCUGUAGUGCCAUUCCAAGGGGGCUUCUGGGAAAUAAUUGUGGUUGCUAGUGGGCUGAGAGAUUCAUGAGAAUGGAAAUGUUAACAGUUCUAAAACAGUAGGACACAUAUGUUGGUUUCACAACACAAAAGAACACCAUUCAAAUGUAAUAUGUCAUCAUAAUAUCAUUAAAUCUGGUAGCCAAAAUUUAAGGAUCCACAUUUUGUAAAUAUGGUGACUUUCAUGUUGAUAUAAUUGUUGUGCAUUUCAUUGAACCAUAUUACUGGCUGGCCCCUGUUCCAAAUUUUACAAUUGUUGACAUUGAUAAGCCAAUCUAAAUGUUGCAGUUUACCCAGGGCUCUCCACAUAUUGGCCUCUUUCACACAGUCAUUUGAAUCUAGAUUUAAUGAGGGUUGCCAACAUUUAUGUGAUUGUGUGAACCCAUGCCAAGCUGGGAAUCUUGGGCUAUACAUUACUUUGGCAAGGGUUCACACAAUCAUGUCAAUGUUAGUAACCCACAUUAAACCUAGAUUCGAACAACUGUGUGAACCAGUCCAUUUACAGAUAUCAGAAAUGGAACAUUUUGUCAGUUCAGCAAAGAAGCAAACAAGAGCUAAUUGUAUGAUGCAUAAUUUCAUUGAACACAAAGCAAGACCAUUGGAUGCUGGGUAGCAUCCAGUUGUGCCCAAUGUUUUUAAUAUGAUCCUCCUAAAUUAACUGGUGCAUCACCCUCAUAUUCCUUCAUUGAAGUGAAUGGGGAAAUCACUGCAGGCUGGGUUGCUCUGCAAGGGAAUCUCUGCAUCCCUGUGUCUGCACUUGCUGUGCACAAUUCCUAGAGAUUACAUGCCAUCUGAUAUCUGGGCAGAUUUAAAAUACUGAAAAGCAAUGUUGUUCCUGAACAUUUUAUUAGGGGAAGCAUCGAUGUGUUCUGACCAUAGUUAGGAUGAACCUUUUUUUCACAGCUCAUAUUAAGAAGUGAAUUCCCUAUCCUGCCUAUGCUAAGGUGUCCUAUUCUUCUUCCUAACUCAUGAGAACUGAAGAUCCAGCCAUAUGGCUUCCAUGAACUAGUAUUAAGUCCUGACUCAUAAUCUGGGAAUCAUUACUAUAGUAAAUCUUGACAUUUUCCAAUUACAAUUUUCACACAUUUGGGGGAAUUGUUGACAGCUUGGGGUUUGUUGAAUCACAUUGGACCAGUUUAGUCAACUUAAUGGGGAUCCCAUAAGGCAGUGACUGCAAAAGUGAUCACCUGCUGGGAAAUAUCUAGUUGCCUGAAUCAACAAAUCCUGAAUCUGGUCAUGUUCUUAUGAUGGCAACAGCACAGGUGCAGGUGGCUGGCUGUGAUUCAUUUGUACUCUAUUUUUAAUCUGUGCUGAAACCAUCAGUCUCUUAAUCAUGGUGAUUAAUUUACUUUCCCGUCUCUUGGGAUUUUCACGAACACAUAAGGGGUUUUUCAAUUAAGCCAUUUUAAACCCUUCAAAUUAUUGAUUCAGAAGAUUCAGAAGACUUUUUGUCCCUGAUUUACUGGAGCGGUUCUUUGCAUAAAUGUCACAAACUCAAGGGACUCAAUACAGAGAUCAUUUUGGCUGUGUGUGAAAAAUGGGAUGGAGCCAGUAAUCCCAAUACUGGAGUCUUCAGUGCCCUCAGCUGCUGCCACUUUUGCUUCUACUUACCAACUGGGCUUAUGGCCUACCUUCCAUUAAUGCCUCAAGGGCUUAAGAUACUCCACAAUCUUUAAAAGCCGAAAUUUCUAACAUACUAAUUGAAAGCAAUAUGUCAUUGAAACUAUUAAAAUUCUGUUUCCCAGUUUAUCCCCGGCUUCUGAAUGCUAGGUAAAUAAUCCUUGCAUUCCAGUCUUUUCCAAAUGUUCUGUUCCUUGCGUGUGAUUGUGAUUGUUGGUGCUUGUGGGGGCAGUCAAGAGGACUACAGUCUCUAGGGCCACAUUCGGAUGUAAUGCGAAACCGGAGGUAAACAAGGCAGAGGUUGGAACUCUGUUACAUCUGAAUGCGUGCAACCACUGUUUCACGGCAAAAGUGGCUGUGGUUUGCCUUGCCAAACUCCAAUUUGAACCUUUAGUUUACAGAAAGGUUCACUGCCAAAACUAGAGGUUUGGCUGCCGCAGCAUUAUGCCUGAAUGAGGAUGCUGCCACAACUGCAGUUCAGUGCUGUUUCUGGAACCACAAUCAUAGAGACAGCGGCACAAACCUGCCCGGGAUUGCAUCCACUCCAUGCCUGCGGUGCUUCUUGCUGACAGCCUCUCUGAGCACUUGCGCCACCCCUCCUGCCUCCAGUCCAAAAAAGCAGUUGCCUGGCAACAGGUACGCCACCACAUCCCAGCCCAAGCUUGUCAGUCCGUCAACUGGCAAAGUCACACCAGGGCAAGCCCUCUUCCCAUUCUCUCCCUUGUCCCCCUUCCCACCCCCAGCAAUCAGGAGAGAAAGGGGAAAGGAUGACAGGACGGGCACUAAGUACUUUGCUCCCCAAUAAUGAAACAACAAAGAUGUAUGUACACAAGCGCUCCAGGUGGCAACAUUAGCAGGGCACCCCAUUAGAGCAUAGGGAUAGGAAUGUAUGGCUGGGCGGGGAUACCCAGGGUUGGGUUUAAUGGAUUAUUGAAUGGCUAAGGUCUACUUUUUUGUGCAAUUAUGUUGGGGAAUGACAUCCUCUUCUCCCAUGGACCACUCUCUCACAAGAUGGUCAGGCCAUGGGGGCCACACAGCAGAUGCCAGCCAGCCAGGUUGCUCUAUACAGGAAAGCCAUGGGGACGGGUACCCUAGUAACUGUUCUCCCUGUAUUGGAGACUGCUGCCAAGAAGCUGUCGAAGCGUGCCCUCUGUCAGCCCAUUUGGACAUGUCCACCCUUGCUUGUGACCCCAAAUGGCGGCCCUGCUCUCCUGGGGUUGGUGGAAACCGGGGCUUCCUUCUCCUACAAUUCCCCAUGGUGUCAGAUCUGCAUACAAUGCAACAAUGGUCUGAACCUGGGCAUUUUGAAUGAGAGUGAAGAUCUGUCCCUGCACCCAGUAUAAGGAUUCCCAUGCAAGGAUUCCCAGGGAGGAGGGGGUUGCAGUGUAAAAGUUCUAUCACUAACCGGCAGGAGGGGUGCUUUAUAGAGUUUACUCAACUCAUGAGCAUGCAGUCUGACAGAAGUUUUAUACCCUCAGGACUUCCCCAGUAGACUGGCCCUCUCAUGGGAGUGCAAGUCCGCAGGCAGCAAGCCACCAGGGGUGCAGGAGUGUGGCUUGGUCUGCAUUGACUGCUUUGCCACUCAGUGGAGGGCUCCAUAAGCGGGUAACCCACUUGAGAGCAACCGGGCUCGCCUGCCAGCCCGGUGGUUCUCACGGUCACCAGAAAGCGGGAGCCUAGCGUGAGAAUCGCCUCAGGGUUUAACACAAACUGUUAUUUGUCAUUAAAUCUGGGUCAGACAGAGGUUCUGUUGCUCAGAUGAAGGGAUGGCCUUAUUGUGGUUUACUUGUUCUGGAUGAGAUUGCACUCCCUUAAAGGAUCAGUUAUGCAGUCUGGGAGCACUCCUGGAUCGAGCAUUGCUGCUAGAUGAUCAGGUGUCAGCUGUGGCCAGAGGGGCAUUUGCUGAACUCUGGCUAGUGAGACAGUCUAGACUCUCAUCUGAGACUAGUGUAACACACUCUACAUGGGGCUUCCCCUGAAGACACGUCAGAAACUGCAACUGGUUCAGAAUACAGCUGUGAGACUGCUGCAGGGUGUUAGGCACAUGGAGCACAAAACAUCUGUGCUUUGUCAGCUGCAUUGUUUAUCAGUAAAUUUCUGGAUGCAAUUCAAGGUGCAGAUUCUUACCUUUAAAACCCCAGAAGGCACUUGAGGAACCGCCUUCUCCUGCAUAAAUCUGCCUGAGCCAUUUGAUCGGGCAGGGAGGCAACUCUUGCAUUCCUCAGUGAGGCUGGCAGUAUUGCAGGAGCGUGCCUUCUCAGUGGUUGCCCCCAUUUUAUGGAACCUGCUGCCCCAGGAUGUACAUUUGGCCCCAUCACUAGACAUUACCAAACAGUAUUUCAGCAGAAGCUGAAGAUCACCUUCUUUUUUCAGGACUUUUAAAUUCACUCUUGCUCUGUCUCUAAAUCACUAUUUUUUUUCUUGCAAAUAAUACAAAACAUACAGAGACUUUACAAAUAACAAAUAUUUACCUAUAAAUAAGCCUUAACAUCUGUAUUCCAAUAAGAAAUCUUUCUUGUCCAUCCAUAUAUUUUAAAACUCAUAAGUUUAAAGUAGUAUUAUACAUUUGAAUGUGUAUUUCAUAAACCCAAAAUUACCUUAGGGAAAUUUUUGUUGAUAUUGUCAGUUCCAAUAUCAAAUACAAUUAUUCAAACAUAAGAUGAACUUGGUGGCCAACAUGAUGGGUUGCUCUCUGUCAAUGAUAUAGUCCCACUGGAACUGCUGCAGGAUGGCUUAAAACAGUUUCCAGACAGCAACACAGCAUGUCUUCCACUGGAAAUAACAGGAGGCACUCUCUGAUAAUGCCAGAAGCAGUUUUUAGGCAUACUGUAGCACCCCUAAGAGCUGGCCUUAGGGAUGGACAAGCCAGGCAGUUGUCCAUGGUGCCUACCUGAAGGGGGCACCACCAAGCUGAGCUUAGAAGUUCAGUUUGUUGAGUGUACUGUCUGCAGUGAGCUAAGAAGUGUCUCUACUCUUUUAUUUAGAGUUCUACAGGUUAUUUGUAUACUAACUACAAAAAUGAACUUAUGUUAAUUAGCUUGGGGGUGCCAAAGGCACUCCUCACCCAGGACACUAUUGACCCUAAGGUUAGCCCUGACCAUGGUUUAAUCAGGGUUUAGUGUUAUGUCUGAACCUAGUCAGUGUGUCUGCAGAGGUACGCAAGAAAUAAAGGAUAGCAUUUUAUAGUGGGAAUAAAUGGGGAGCGAAAUAUUAUCCACAACUGAUGGAUAGAACUCUUGGGAGAAAUUUUGCUAGACUUCUCCAAAGCUGAAACCUCCAGUUAUUCCUCAGAAUUUUGCUUUAGGCUAAACUUGGUUUUAUGUUAGGGAUGCAUGGACCCUAGCCUUGGAAAAACAUACUCCUCUUCCAUUGAAAUUUUGCAGAUGUUUCUUCCAAAUCAGAACCUCCACAUUCAACUUGAGAUUUUAUUUUGGUGAAGACUUGGUGACAAUGAGGGACAUGCUGAAACUCCAAAUGCUGAACAGCUUCACAGGAUCAUCUGGAAGUCAAUAAGAUGUCUGAGAGAGGGAAUCAGAGGUGUGCACACUCCUAGUGGGUGUAUCAUCUGAAGCUGCCGAUGCGCCCAGUUACCGACUUCUGUCUGAAAUUCAACCGAUUUUAGCUCAAUUCAGACAUUAUGCUGUAUGAGUGAACAGAUGUCUGUGCAUAGAUACAUGUGUUUGUAUGAAUGACUGUACCUAUGUUCAUUUUAAAAGUGAACCUGGAUACAGGCCCUUCAAAUGCAUGGUACAGAUGGAAAGUGUACCUCUGUACUUGCGUUCAGCAUAACAUGUGCAUGAUUGUACCUGUGUACAGAUCUGUAUGUCUGUACACUCAUUGUAUGAGUGUGCUGAACAUAACAUGUAAAUGGGCCUUUAGUCAAGCCAACUUCAAACUUUGGUAUCAGAAGUCAACAGACUCUUGGGAGAAGCGGGAUGAGAACAAGACUUGGGCAGCUUCAGACAUCAUGCCCACCAGGAACAUGUGCACCGCAGACAACUCCAGUUCCCUCUCCCAGACUUCUUACCAACUUCUAACUGAUCUUUGAAGCCAGAGUGCCAUUUGUCUUGUUGGAACCGUUUCCCUCAAAAUCCUUGGGAUGUUUCUUCCCAACGCAAGCCUCCAAAUUAAUACUAAAAUGUCACUUCAGGCAAAAUUCAGUGGCAUCUCCACUCCUCAUAGAUGCAGCAGAUGGUUUGCCAGCAAAGACAAUGUCAUGAGCAAGGAAGUAUUUCUGAAUGAUGAAGUGGCCACGAGGCUGUAGAAGAAUGUUUGGGGCCCAAGGCACCAGAUAUACUUCAGAUGUUAUCUCUGCUUUUAGAAGCCUGUUCCACCAUUGAUUUUUUUAAAAAAGAGAGUUCAAUAUUUUGUGUAGGAAACCAUUAUACAAAUGAUAUUUUAAUGCUAAUUCAUUGUGUUUAUCUGGAGAUAGACUUAGGAGCAUUCAUAUAUGACAUAAAAGCCAUCCUCAAUUUGAACUAAUUGUAAAGUACUGUACUGCUGUUGUUCGAUGGAAAGUGAAUAAAUUUCCUUUAUGCCACUUG